AUGCGCGCGCUCUCCGAUCAGCUCGUCCAGAACCCGAAGGCCGGACCAUUGGUGUUGAAGUUCGGACAGGCGGGUGCUGGGAAAACGGUCACCGCGCCAGUCACCGAGAUCCAUGCUGCGUUUUCCAACGGUGGGCGUCUUGGUUACUUACGAAGGAAUAUCCUGGUGGAGAGGGGACUAAUGCCCGAAAAGGAAAGCUUAGGAGGUGGGGACCGUCUGAUUAUGGAUUUAAUGCACUGGGGCAGGAACGGUCUGAGGUUGAUCUCAACCUCGCUUCUAGGUGCAAACGUGCACAUUACCUUUCAAACCGAAUGGAUGGCCAAGCAACUAGUGCGUCGGGAUCAGGAGAAUCGGGUCUAUUCCGGCGGUCUCCUUUCCGACGUCACGUACAGAUUCUUCAAGCAUGGUUACCUCCUCACCACGUCAAUGUACAGUGACGUUCUUCAUCGAUGGAUUCUGGUUCAACUCACCUGGAUGUGGGGCCUCGAAGAAGGCCACUAUUGGGCCCAUUUCACCACCUUGCUCCGACAGAUCUCUCAGGCCGAUUUGACGUACCACAAGCGUGAUCUGUUGACUCAACAGGUCGUCGAUUUCUCCUUGGCCCAGAAGAAGGGGUUUGUAAGUGCCUACAUGGAGGUUUUUAACGAAGCCGAUCCCGCCAAGGCCUUGGACAAGUUGAAAGGUUGCCACGAACACUUUCGUCAAUUGGUCACUCGGAUCAAACGAAAUCGUAAUGUGGUUGAUGCAAGUCAAUUGGCCAAAUUUGAACGCAUGGCUUACAACCUUCUAGAACCGGACAAACCCAAUGGCCUGACCCUCGGUCAGAAAUUCGAACAGCUUGCUCGUUUAUUCCCUAAAGCCAAGCCUUGGCUCGAUUGGUGGAAUACGUCCGACAUCCACAGCAUGUUGUUUUGUGCACGACCUCGUCUACCCCUAGACGAUCCACCUCUGGAAGAUGGAAGUAAUCUUGACGCCAAGCUUCCUGAAACCACCAACGGUCAGGAAUCAAUGCAUAGGCAAUAUUAUAUAUUGACUUCUGGACAAUGUACUAUUGUCCAAGGUUUCGUCCAGCUUCUUCUAUUUACAGAAUCCCUGAAGAGAGACGAUCAACAAGUGCGACGAGGGAUUUCCAUCAAGUACGGGAACAACUGGGAUUCUGUGGUUGAGACUUUGGGCCUCCUGACACCACUGAUGUCCUCAUCACUUGCCCCAAAAAGCUCGGCCGGCCCUAUGGAUCUCUCAACUUCAAUCGCAACCGUCACUCUUCCUAUCAGUCUUAUUCUGCCAGCAACGAUCCGGGCAAGCGCAACCAAUGCUGGGAGACAGCUUCGAUGGAAAGCUUGUUUCCUACUUUUUCAACUUUGUGGCUGGAAGGUUUGA